AUGUUGUUACGCACUGUGUUGGUAGGAGUUUUGUGUGUUUGUGUGGGUGUAAGCACGAAAGAUCGGUCAUGCUACUGGAGGGCAGAAUGCCAGGAAACGUUAUUUGCGACGAGGACUCCCUAUGAUGCUGUAAGAGGAGAUAUACGGGACUGGCCCUUACUUGCGGGCUGCGAAGCGAUCAGCAUGUGGGCACUAGUUCGUCAUGGCAACCGGAACCCUGGUGAUAAAGAGACUAUCAACAUGCGAGAACUGGAGGCUCGGAUUAAGGAUGAAAUCAUCGAGCACUUUGAUUACGAGAUGGGAUCCAGCCAAUUAUGUGCACAGGAUAUAGAAAACUUUCGCAAAUGGAAGUGGAACGCAACAAUGGAGACAUCACAGAAGUAUCUCACUGGAGUAGGAUAUGAGGAGAUAUAUGAGCUGGGUUCUCGGAUACGGCAGAAGUACCCGCAACUUUUGGAAUCCCAAUUUGAUGUGUACGUGCGACCCACAUAUAAACAGCGAACUGUCACCAGUGCCAUGGCUUUUGUUCAGGCCUUCAAUGAGGGCAAAGAAUUAAACCUGACGGCUGACGAGCCUAGAGAACAGGAUGACGUAUUAAGACCUUACGACAAUUGUCCGCAAUAUAAAGACGAAGUGAAAAAUGGACAGCUCCUCAGUGACCAGCUUGAAGCCUUCUUUAAAACAACUGAGUAUUUGCAAGUACAAAAAAGUGUCACAGAACGUUUGGGGCUAUCACAGACGUUAUCUGUAGAAGAAAUUUUUACAUUAUACGAACUCUGCCGUUUCUAUCGUACAUGGUCACCAGACCAUAAGAGCCCUUGGUGCGCUGCCUUUUCCUCUAGUGAUCUUCUAGUUCUGGAAUAUAGAGAUGACGUUCGUCACUACUACAAGAACGCCUAUGGCUUUCCGAUCAACGCAAAGCUUGGUCAUCCAGUACUGAAGAAUCUAUACGAAAGCUUAGAAUUGGCCAAGCGAGGAGAGGGCAAAAGCAUAGUAGCAUACUUUGCCCAUGAUACUCUCCUGGGUAUGGUCUACAGUGCCCUCGGACUAUAUAAAGAUGGCGAAACUAUUACAGCGCAACAUAGAAACCCUAACAGGCAUUGGAGGACCUCUCACCUCGCUCCAUUUUCCGCUAAUAUUAUGGCUUUCUUAAAUAGAUGUAACGAUGGCUCCUACAAAGUACAAAUAUUUAACAACGAGAAGCCGACAAUCCUAUGUCCGCUUGAAGGUUGCACCUGGGACCAGUUUGCCUCCAUCUUCCAGACCUUCUUUGACGCCAAUCUUGACUUCUGCAAACUAAAAGAAUUAGGAAUUCCGAAUGUCCCUGGAAGUGCUGCGGAGUUUAGGCCGCUAACUGGUUUACUUUUUCUAACGCUCUCCAUCAUCUCCCUUCGAAUACUAUAA